AACCCGCCAGUUGCCAAAAAUCGUCAAAUGUCAGGAUUUGACCAGGGUUCUGUCUAUUUCUCAGACUCCCUUUUUCAACAAACAAGAGAUCAGGACAACUCGGCAAACGUCCAGUUUGCAAAGCGAAAGUUCAAGGAGUUUAUUCGUCAGUUCAACGAUGGUGGUUUCGAUUUUAAAUAUAGGGACCAAAUUAAAAAAAACUAUAGAUUGAAAAAAUACUUUAUCGUUGUCAAACUAAGGGAUCUUAACAAUUAUGAUUCUUCGCUGACCCAGGAACUUAUUCACCGCCCAAGUGAUUACUUACCACCGUUUGAAGAAGCUGUGACGGAAGUGGCAUCCGAGCUUGUUCGUUCAAGUGACGAAGAAAGUCAUACGGAGUCUGCACAGGUGUUAUUCGAGUGGGACAGUAAUGCUGUCAGCCUCAGAGACGUACAUUCAGAAGAAGUUUCCAGGUUAGUUAAGAUAUCAGGUAUCGCCAUUAGUUCUUCAAGUAUACGUGCAAAGGCUGUUCGUCUAAGUCUACAAUGUCGAGGUUGUCGCCAAUUCCUUCCAAAUCUCCCUGUGAAGCCAGGGUUAGAAGGCUUUACACUACCUCGCAAGUGUCCAAGUGCUCAAGUUGGUGGAGGACAGGCUACCAGAUGUCCGAUUGACCCUUUCUUCAUAGUCCCUGACAAAUGUGAGUGUGUCGACUUUCAGACAAUUAAACUUCAAGAAACACCGGAAACUGUCCCACAUGGAGAAAUGCCUCGUCACGUUUUGCUCUAUUGUGAUAGAUAUCUCUGUGAGCGAGUCGUCCCUGGUAAUCGUAUAACUGUUGUUGGUGUGUACUGUAUUCGUAUGACCGUCUCCAAUAAGCGCGCAGGCGCAAACGAACGUUCAAAUGCAGGUGUUCGCCAGCCAUAUAUCCGCGUCUUAGGUUUAACCGUUGAUACAGAAGGCCCUGGGCGUAGUGCGUUCGUAUCUGGUGCCGGUGAAGGAACAGGUGCAGCUGCAACUUUAACAGAGAACGAAGAAGAAGAAUUAGUAGCUUUGGCUAACUCACCGGAUAUCUACGAGAGAUUAGCUCGAAGUAUCGCUCCGUCUAUCUAUGGUAGCACUGAUAUUAAAAAAGCAAUUGCAUGUCUUCUGUUUGGUGGAUCACGUAAACGGCUUCCUGAUGGACUUAUGCGUCGUGGUGAUAUAAAUAUGCUAAUGUUAGGUGAUCCUGGGACAGCUAAGUCUCAACUUUUAAAAUUUGUAGAAAGAUGUUCACCUGUUGGCAUAUAUACCUCAGGUAAAGGUAGUUCAGCUGCUGGUUUGACGGCUUCUGUUACUCGAGAUCCAAACACUCGUAAUUUCAUAAUGGAAGGUGGUGCUAUGGUACUUGCUGAUGGGGGUGUUGUUUGUAUUGAUGAGUUUGACAAAAUGCGUGAAGAUGAUCGUGUUGCAAUUCAUGAAGCCAUGGAACAACAAACUAUUUCAAUAGCUAAAGCUGGCAUUACGACAACAUUGAACAGUCGUUGUUCCGUACUUGCAGCAGCCAACAGUGUUUAUGGUCGUUGGGAUGAUACGAAAGGUGAAGAUAAUAUUGAUUUUAUGCCAACAAUCUUGUCACGUUUCGAUAUGAUUUUUGUAAUACGUGAUGAGCAUGAUUCUCAACGUGAUACAACUCUUGCAAAGCAUGUUAUGCAAGUACAUCUACACGGGAAUGAUCCUGCUGGAAUAAAUGCAAUGGAUACCGGGUCAUCGGAUGAAAUUCCACUUAGUACUCUCCGACGUUUUAUUGCCUUCGCACGUGAGCGCUGUGGUCCUCGUUUAUCUGAACAGGCUGCUGAAAAAUUAUCGAAUCAGUAUGUCCUCAUGAGAUCUGGUUCUACACGGUACGAACAGGAAACGGGUAAACGAUGUGCCAUCCCUAUAACAGUACGCCAACUUGAAGCAAUUAUACGAAUUUCUGAGUCAUUAGCAAAAAUGCGUUUAGCCGCUUUUGCAACUGAAACAGAUGUUGAGGAAGCAUUACGUCUAUUUCAUGUUUCAACAUUGGAAGCCGCUAUGUCUGGAAGCUUAGAAGGUGCGGAAGGUUUUACCACACAAGAGGAACAUGAACUUAUUCUGCGUUUAGAAAAGCAGUUGAAAAAGCGAUUUGUUAUUGGCAGUCAAGUAUCAGAAUAUGCUAUCAUACAAGACUUUACACGUCAAGGUUUUUCAGAACGCGCUGUGACCAAGGUUUUACACUACAUGAUUCGUCGAGGUGAAGUACAGUAUAGAAUGCAAAGGCGUAUUUUGUACCGAAUUAAAUAGAGAUAUCCAACUUUAUUAUAUUAUACUUGUAUUGUUUAAUCUUUUCACCGGAGAAUUUGUUUUAUAUAAAGAUUAUCUUGUAACUUUUUCCAAACAUCAGUACACUGCAUUUAUGUACUUUAAAUAAAAUUGUCUGUUACAGUAAUGUAUAGCGUCAAACAAAUUUAGUUCUGAUAUCAAAGGGAAUUUACUGAAUUUUAUUUGUUGACACUAGAACAGUGCAUGGUGUAGUUCAUCCAAUUUAAUUGAUUAUAAGAUAUUUGACGCAUGAUUGGUAAGAAAAGACCAGGUUAAGUAGUAGAUUUGGUAUGGUUAAUCAGAUGAUAGAGAGCUUAGAUUACAUC